AUGGCGAAGAAUCUUGUUUUCCACAGUCGAACAAGACAUAUUAAUAUAAAGCACCAUUUCAUUCGAAGUGUGAUCGAAGAUGGCGAUGUGCAAAUCCUGCAACACCAUAAUUUAUCUUAUAUCACCUCUAGAAUACCACCAACAUUUUCACUGUGGCUAACCAAAUUAACUACAUCAACACUGGAAUUAGGCACCGUUUUUGAUACUAUAGAUGAGUCUUCUUUGAAUCAAGUUACUUUCAGUGUUAUUCUCAGUGCAGCCAUUGCUGUGUUGUUCUUUCCUACAAUCCAGCGUCGCAUCAAAACAGCAAAACAACUGAAAUAUAGGUCUUCUGGAAUAAAGAAGUCAUCAUUGAAUAGAUCAAAAAGUUCUAAGAAAUCUAAGAAACGACCUUCACCAGAUCAAGCAUUGUUGGGAGCAAUUAUAGCUGGUGUUAUUGCUGUUCUUCUCUAUAGAUUCACAACUACUAUUGAAGCAUCACUAUAUCGCCAAUCAAUUUCAGAUAAUUUUUCAGUUCGCCGGAUAACAAUCACCAUAAGGACAGUGAUAAAUGGAUUGUGUUACCUUGCUACAUUUGUGUAUGGCAUAAACUCUUUUGGUUUAUUGCUUUAUUCUGGACAACUUGCGAUCAACACCUAUGUCAAAGAGCCAUCAAGUGAGAAAAAAAGUAGUGAAAGCAAAAUUAUGGAGCAGUCAGUUUUAUCAAAUUCAUCGGAUGAAGAUCAAAGUUCAAAUAACUCACAGUAAUCAAAGCUCAUUUUUUUAGGUAGAUUUUGGUUUUCUAAUAAGUGUUUAGCUAGGGUAAUGUUUUAUAUAUGUGCAUAAUGUUUGUGAAUAAAGACACUGGCAUUUACACUCGUUUCCACAAUUUUACAUAGAUGCAAUAUAUAUUUGUAAUUGUA